AUGGGAAACAAGUCGAUACGUGACCUGCCAUGGGAGAUCAUCUCUUAUGUUGUCCGGGGGCUGGGUUUGGACGAAGUUAUCAGCCUUUCCAUGUCAUGCCGUCACUUCCAAUGGCUUGUCCGCGACGAUAACAUAUGCAAGAGGCUCCUUGAGUCACAAACGCCGUCAGCACCCGAAAGCCAGUCAGCUCGCAAGACAAAGAAGUACGCGAGGGAGCUGCGCAGACUGGUCAAGCGCAGGGAUGCCGUCUCGUCAGCAUCGCCCUAUCUCGUCGCCGUGGUUGCUGAUGCUGCCGAAUCGUUCCUCUACUCGGACGGCGUCCUCUGCUACCUGAGCGAAAGCUUUCUGCGGGUCCUUGACCUCCACAACUCGGUACCGUGGGAAACUGUCAUCAGCGUCAGCGAGCUGCUGGAUAAAAGCCUGCCGUCGAUCCCUAAGGAAGGGCAAGACUUCGACUUCAGUCUCGUUCACUACUCUCACGGGUUUUUUACCUGCCGCUAUGGCCACAAUCAGUCCUUCCCUGGCUGGAUUAUUAUCGUCAACCUGGCCAAAGGUCGCGUAUUUAGCCACAUACUCGAAUCAGCACACAAACUUAUCGUUCGAAAUAACGAUGAGUUUCUCUAUUACGGCACGCACACCGACACCUCUGACACCGACCAUCGUUGUUGGGAGGUGCGAGGAUGCAACCUUCAAGAGGAGACUUGGUUUGAACACAAACUUCGAUUGACCGACAUUGUCGGUUCUGAAGUCGGCACCAAUAUUUGCUUUGAAAUCAUCGAUGGCCAUUUCUACUGCGUCGCAAACCAGGCCAUUUUCGAGCGGGAGGAAAUCGCCUGGACUUCCUACUACACCUACCUCAGAUUCCCCGUCAACCGGCCCAAACCCAGGAACGCCGAAACUGUCGAGCCUGAGGAUAUUUGGCGCAGGUUCCAUGCCGAAGGGCCUAUCGAUGAGCGUUGGACCUUUUUGAGGCUUGUGAAAAACGAAACUACGGGUGCUCUAACUAUCGUCGAAGGUCGUAAGGAAUGGAUAAAAUCAAGCAGCAAAAACCGUCGGACAUACUACUCGAGCGAGCUUCGGUUUUCUGGCGAAGGCGAGCGGGCUUCCUCGACAGACAGCCUUGCCGGGUUCUCUUCAGCGACAGAGUCACACACUCGAUCCCCCUACGAAGUCCAUCCUGGUGACGAUGCCGCAUCUCCUUGGACUUUCACUAUCAACAACUCGCUUAUGCUGUCUUACCACCCAUCCUGCCAGACCUACUUAGAUUUGGUCAACGACCCUUUACCAACCGGCCGCUAUCAGAAUCGAUUUCGUCUUAGGGCGGGGUCAAGGCGUUUUCGAUUGGAAUCAGAAAUCGAAGAACUCGAAGCUUCAUCCGCGGACCUCCCAAACAACCCUCUGUACCCAGAGAAAGAGAUCCACAGGCUCUACAAGGCAUCCGACAUCACGCUCUGGCCACCAGACCACUGGGAGCAAGAGCAUGGCGCUGCUGCCCUCCAGGAGCUCUACAACGUCUUCAGCCCACCCGGGCAACGUGUUUCGGCGACGUGGGACGAGAGGUCAGUGUGCUACGCUGCUGGCCAAACUAUAGUGUUCGUGUCGUUUGAUCCAUCGAUCCGGCUGCAAGGAAUCAAGCCUUGGCGCAGGGGCGUUGGAGAGGGGUGUGAGCAGGAGGGAACCGUGGAAGGCCGCCAGGAGGUGCCUCCGGCGUUGGACCGGCAGCUGGCGUUGCCCGCUGCGCUUGUUGCGGGAACCGAACCGAAGUGGAUCCGGCACGAACAUCCAAGGUACAGCGUGAUCCAAAAGGGGUUCCAUUUCAUGUCAUCGAGGUGGCGAGAACAGGGCGAAGGACAGCGCUUGGAGUGA